GCGAUACUACUGACGCUUCUUUAUCGAAUUGUAACAAACAUACGACUAAGCGAUUAAUUUGUGUGCUGAGACUAAUAAAAUACUAUAAUGAUAUCGUGAAAUCGCGACGGAAUUUAACAAAACGGCAUUCAGUCACGAAAGCUAAGUCGAUAUCGCGUUCCUGAACGCAACGCAGAGCUGUGUCACUGUCCGGCCGUGCUGUCAAAAUAUAAAAAUGACUGAGGAUUCAAGAAAAAGAACUUUUUUGGGAUUUGAUUUUAGUACACAAAGGCUUAAAGCCAUAGUUAUUGGUGAAGACUUUAGUGUACUACAUGAGGCUGAUGUGGAAUUUGAUGUGGACCUCCCUGAAUUUAGGACGGCCGGAGGUGUGGUACGUGGAACAGACCGUGGGGAGGUGAUUGCCCCUCCAUUACUAUGGGUAAAAGCAUUAGACAUGGUUAUGGACCGCCUUGUUGUGGCUGGAGUUGACUUCUCUAUCAUUGAGGCAGUUUCUGGAGCAGGGCAGCAACAUGGCUCAGUAUGGUGGUCUAAGGAUGCGGAGGCAAAGCUUGGCAAACUGUCUCCAGAUGAAUUCCUACACACCCAGCUGGCUACAGCCUUUGUGUCUGAUUCUCCUGUGUGGAUGGAUUCCAGCACUACUGCAGAUUGUAAGGCUCUUGAGGAGGCUGUAGGAGCAGAGGAGCUCUCAAAGAUCACGGGAUCGCGCGCCUACGAAAGGUUCACAGGUCCUCAGAUCCGUAAGAUGUUUAGGAAGCGGCCGCGGGUGUACCAGGCGGCCGCCAGGAUCUCCUUAGUUUCGUCCUUCGCUUGCUCGCUACUGGCUGGCAAGAUAGCUCCCAUAGACCUUGCUGAUGGCUCUGGCAUGAACCUCCUUGAUAUCCGAACUAUGCAGUGGGAUGAGAAGUGUUUGCAGGCAUGUGGUGAUGAAUCUCUCUCUACAAAGUUGGGUACCCCAGUGCCCACUGCCACGGUCGUAGGCUCUAUCAGUCCUUACUUCGUGGGCCGCUACGGGUUCAAAUCUGACUGCAAAGUGGUCGCCUUCACCGGGGACAACUGUUCAGCUCUAGCAGGUCUCCGCCUCCGCUCUGGUUGGGUGGGUCUGUCCCUGGGCACGAGUGACACCCUGCUACUAGGCCUGCAGGCCCCCGCGGCGCCUCCCGCGGGCCACGUGCUGGUGGGCCCGACUCCCGACGCGCCCUACAUGGCGCUCCUGUGCUUUGCCAACGGUUCCCUCACCAGACAGAACCACCGCGACAGAUUGGCUGGCAACAGCUGGGACGCCUUCAAUGAACUGCUUCGUGCUACUGUUAGAGGAAAUAUGGGAUACAUGGGUAUAUACUACGACACCGCAGAGAUAGUCCCCCGCGCGGGCGCGGGACGCUGGCUGCAGGACGGGGCGGGGCGCGGCGUGGAGCGGGCCGCGCCGCAGUUCGAGGCGCGCGCCCUGCUCGAGGGACAGGCGCUCGCUCGCAGGGCGCAUGCUGAGGACAUGGGCUUCAAACUAGACAAGUCUUCCCGUGUGAUAGCUACAGGCGGUGCUUCAGUCAACAAGGAGCUGCUGCAGAUAUUCGCCGAUGUCUUCGACACUCCCGUCUACGUCCAGGAUCAGCACGCUAACGCUGCGCUGCUGGGAGCAGCCAUACGCGCCGCCGAGGUAUGGAGCAAGGAGACUGGCGUAGCCUUACCUGGUUCAGAGCUUAAAGUGACUCCAGUGGCGACUCCAUACCCGGACCACGAUAAGAUCUACACUCCAAUGCUAGCUCGCUACAGGCAGAUCAUUGAAACUAUACCCAAACUCGAGUAAUACACGAACAGAAUAACGGCUACCGCUAGACAUCGCUUGGUCUUCAUACUUAACAUAACACAUAUACAUAUCACGUUUUUAUACGCAAAUUUUACAUUACAUGGGUCUCGAAGCUGUCGAUACAUAGGUGCUACAUAAAAUGUAAACCUCUGCUGACCCCUUUUGGGGUACAAAAACAUAGUAAUUUUAACUUGGUGCUAAAUGAAGUGCCUGUAUACUAAAAAAGGAUCUGUAGGGUUGCAUUUAUUAGCUAAUAUU